GUUGACUUUGAACCAAUCAGAUUCACCCACGGUAAGUCCUGGAAUGGCAUUAACACUCAGACAGGAUGUGUGCAUCAAUGUGAGUUUGGGAGACGAUAGACUAACAGAAGAAAUAGCAAGGAAGAGAGCUAGACCAAAAAAAAUCAAAUUUGCUCCAGUUACAAUUUGCUCUCUCCGUCACACAUUCUGAAGAUGGACUACAGCUGUUCUAACCUAGAGACACUCAGAAAGCCUCUCCGCUACCUCAGUAAUGAGGAGGCUGCGGCCUUGGAGGCAGAGUUGUUGGGAGAGUAUCGCUUUGGACCGCAGCAACUGAUGGAGAUCUGGGGCCAUGCCUGUGCCAUCGCUAUCACCAAGGCCUUCCCCCUGAGUUCCCUCAAGAGGCAUCCUACAGUGUUGGUGAUCUGUGGUCCCAGUCAGAAUGGCUGUAUUGGUCUGGCCUGCGCUCGCCACUUACGCAUGUUUGACUAUAUGCCCACAGUUUACUACCCCAAGCGCUCUACUCUGGCCCUGCACCGAGACUUUACAGUACAGUGUGAGAAAACGGACAUCCCUUUCCUCUCCUUUCUUCCCGCAGAGGUGCAGCUGAUAAACGAUGCGUAUAACCUGGUGGUGGAUGCCAUCUUGGGGCCGGAGACAGAGCCGUCUGAUAUCAGUGAGCCCUACAGCAGCAUCCUGCUCACCCUCAGACACAUCCGUAUCCCCAUCGCCAGUGUGGACAUCCCCUCAGGGUGGGACGAGGCCAACGUUGACUGCAUAAACCCGACAGUGCUCAUCUCCCUUAUGGCACCAAAGAAGUGUGCUGUCGGUUUCAGUGGGACACAUUACCUGGUGGGACGCAUCCUGCCCUAUGACAUCCAGAGGAAGUAUGAGCUCAAUGCACCAGAAUACCAUGGCACAGACUGUCUGGUUGAGCUAGGGUAAACAAACAGAUGCUCUGUUUUUCCAAGGGUUUCAUCAAAUAUUUAGAAGUGUAGACCUUCCUUCAUCCUUGAGGUUCUCUACUGAGUAAAUAUUAUUGCUUUUCACCAAACAUUUUACAUCAGAUCAAGGGAUGAAGGAAGGAUGCCUUAUUUGUAAUGAGGAUAUUUAGCAGAUAUCUCUUUCUUAGUGUAACAAGGAAAUAGAGCUUUCUUUAUAUUCAUAAUCUCAGAACACCAGCUUGGUUCUAAACCGUGAGGAAGUUUGCAAAAGCUGUAUAAAAUAUGAUGUAACGUUUGCCAAAAUAAACACGAGCUGUUAAUAA